AUGUUCGAGCACUGGCCUCGUGCCGUUCAUCCAGACCUCCAAAAACUGGACGACGAUGCCCAGAAGAUUCUCGAAGGGGUUCUUUCAUCCGCUGGAGAUGCGAGUCGCCUGAAGAAGCUGAAGAGCUCUGUCAUUGCGCUGCUUACAGCCUCGUGGUGGCCCUACACGUCUUUCGAUGCUCUGCGCGUGGCCACCAUCAUGUCGAUCUGGCUGUUCAUAUGGGACGACGAAACGGACUCAUACGAAUACUCCCAAUUGAUCAACGACUACGACCGCUCGUGUGUCUACCGGGACGAGACCAUCCGGUAUAUCCGAGGCGGCCUAUCAUUAGACAGCCCGAAGAUAGAUCUUGGCUCAAUUUCGAAUGAUCGAACCAUUACCAUGUUCAAGCCGGUUGGGGAAGCGAUUGCGAAGUCGUGCACUCAACGCCAGAUACAGCGUUUCUUCGACGAACUGUUGCUCUUCGUCCAGAUGACCGAAGAAGAGCAUCUGUCGCAAACGAAGCACAUAAUCCCAACUGUCGAAGAGUACUUGGAGCGUCGCAUGGGAUCGAGCGCCGUUGGGGUAUGUCUGGCGAUUCAUGAGUAUGCCUUGGGGAUCGAACUACCGAAGGAAGUGAUGGAUGAUCGCGCAAUGAAGGCAUUGUGGCACGAGACAAAUAUCAUCAUCUCAACAGUCAACGAUUGCCUCUCAAUUAAGAAAGAAGUGAUCCUGCAGGCUCAAUCACAGGUUGACACACUGAUUCCGUUACUCUGUCCGAAGCUCGGUUCGGCGCAAGCAGCGGCAGACGUUGCUUUAGAGAUGAUACGCUCAGCGACAUCGCAGUUCCAGGCUGCCGAAGCCGAGAUCCUACAAAGAUACUCGCAUAUUCCACAUAUCCACGACGACCUUCAGAGAUUUGUCGAUAGUUGCAAGUACGCCUGUACUGCCAACCUGGAUUGGAGGUAA